AUGUUCGAAACCAACCUAGAAAGUCAACUAGUCGUAGCCAGCAUCGGCAGAGCCCAGGAUUUAAAGCUGGAUAGUAUAUUAAAAGAGCCUAAGGGGAUCGCUCCUAUUAUCUUUGAAUAUCGACCGAAGCGGGUCAGGUGGGCAGGUGGACAUGGUUGGGGCCGAGGUCCGGGGUUUGGCGCAGAUCGGCGCUUUAUUGGCACUUUCUCCCUCUUGCACACCCAGCGCUCCGAAGCUAUCGCUGCCCCUCUCUUGCUGUACACCUCUCAUUGGCACCUCGUGCGAUCAAUGACUAUGUCUAAGGAUUUCAUCAUCAAGCAUAUGAACGCCGACCACGGCGAUUCGCUCAAGCUUUUCUUGGAAGCCUUCAACGAGGUCAGCGCAAGCAAUGCCCAAGGCGCUCAGGUCGAAGAUCUCGGGCUGGACAAUCUCAUUAUCCGCGCUAAAGGCAUUCGCUACUGUGUCCCCAUCGACCCUCCCAUGAAAGACUACAACGAAGCUCGCGCCCGGAUGGUCGCACUGCACAAGGAGAGUCUGCAGAAGUUGGGCCGCUCCGAAGUUACGCUCACCAAAUACAUUCCUCCCCAUGGUUACCACAUAGUGAUAUUUGGCCUGUGCUUGUUCACAUAUAUCAGCUGCUUCCAGCGCAGCAGCCUCCUGCCAGGGUCAUGGGUCUACGAGCACUUGGGCUACAAGUACUUGCCGAAGUUUGCCAACUUCGUGUACGCGGUCCAACCUAUCCUGCUCCCGAGCAUGGUGGCGGUUCAUCUGUUUGAGUGCGCCCUUUUGUAUUUCAUCCGAUUGAAACCAUACGGCGUACCUUUGUUCUCUGGACUGUGGUUUGCAUGGACGGGGUCUUGCUUCAUCGAGGGAUUUGCGACGUUCCAGCGGAUCGGCCAAUUUGCGGAGCAGGCGAAGAAGGGCGAGAAAAAGGAAUAG